AUGCCUUCCCUCUCCACGUUUGGCCUCACGACGCUGCUGCUCGGUGGCGCUUUUUCCAAGGAGUGCGUAAUCAAAGACGUCGGGAGGAGGCUGCCAUGGGCACCGGGCUGGUCGUUCAAGCUCAAGGAUUGCACCGUGCUCUCCCUGAGCGACGCUGGCCUUGGUGACUCCGGAGUCAAGGGCUGCGUCGCCCUCGCCGACGCGCUCUCCUCGCCUGGCUCGGGGCUGGCGACGCUCUACCUCGAGAACAACGCGAUCGGAGACCGCGGCGCCAUUGCCCUCGGCGCUGCGCUCGAGCGAAACACCGCCCUGGAGACGCUGGGGCUACUCGGCAACGAGCUGACCGGCGCUGGCCGUGCGGCGCUGCAAAAGGCCGGCUUCGCCGGCUCCGGGCUGUCCCUGCCCGGCGCGGAGGACGAGUACCAGCGCCUGGGCAGCAACGGCCCAGCGCUGCGCGGCUUCGCGGGCGCGGUAUCAGCGCGGGCCCUCCUCUCCGCGGCGCUCGUGCUCGUUGCCGCCGCUCUGCCGCUCCUCGUGGCGGCGCGCGUGGCGGCACGGCGUCGCGAUGGCGUGGCGAGGCUCGAGAGCUUGCACUGA